AUGGGAGCGUCAUCAAGUAUACUAAAUGAGUUUGUUGAAGACACGAAUUUCAGUGUGGAGGAGAUCGACAGACUAAGAAAACGAUUCAUGAAACUAGAUAAAGAUGGAUCAGGGGAAAUUGAUAAGAAUGAGUUUUUAUCGAUCCCAGGUAUAUCGUCAAACCCAUUAGCCACACGAUUAAUGGAUGUGUUUGACAAGGAUGGUGACGGACAAAUUGAUUUUCAAGAGUUCAUAACGGGAUUAUCAGCAUUCAGUGGUAAAUCCUCCAACUUGGAGAAAUUGCAAUUUGCAUUCAACAUAUAUGAUAUUGAUCGUGAUGGCUAUAUUGGUAACGGAGAGUUGUUUAUUGUUAUGAAGAUGAUGGUGGGGAAGAACUUACAGGAUGAGGAACUACAACAAAUUGUGGACAAGACUAUUAUGGAAGCCGAUGUUGAUGGCGAUGGGAAAUUGAAUUUCGAAGAGUUUAAAAAGGCUGUUGAUAGCAAUUCUAUUGCUAAUACAUUGACAUUGAAUAUGUUUUAG